GUGUCUGAACGACUGAGCCAUGCAAAGCAACGGCAGCUCCUCGGAAUCGGUACCUGUUGGUGCGCUGAGCGCGUGUGGGCGAGAAGAGGACGAGAGAGAAUUCUCCAAAUUGGUCAACCCCAGCGGAGCGGGGUCCAACCUGGCUGCUCUGAACCUGUCCCUCAACUGCUGGCUCCAUAUCCUCUCCAGGGAAUCUUCAGUGGAUCUGCACGGAGACGCUGCCAACACGGCGGUGCGAGUCCUCAUCGCUUUGGUUUACCUGGUGGUAUGUGUCCUGGGUCUUGUGGGGAACCUCCUGGCACUCUUCCUGCUUCACUUCCGUCACCGAGGUCACCACCACUCCUCCAUCGACUGUUUUGUGAUGAGCCUGGCGCUCACCGACCUCCAGUUUGUCCUCACCUUGCCCUUCUGGGCCGUGGACACGGUCCUGGACUUCCGCUGGCCCUUCGGAAGGGUCAUGUGUAAGGUGGUGAGCUCGGUCACCACCAUGAACAUGUACGCCAGCGUGUUCUUCCUCACCGCCAUGAGCGUGACCCGCUACCACUCGUUGGUCACCUCUCUGAAGAUCGCCAGCCCGAGGCGGGCGGCUGUUCGAGCCAAGUGGGCCAGUUUGGCUAUUUGGGUGGUUUCACUGGUUGCCACCUUGCCGCAUUCCAUCUACUCCACCACUGUUCAGGUGUCUGCCGACGAUGAGCUCUGCCUUGUGAGGUUCUCCGAAUCCGAUUCCAGUCGCUUGGAUCCUCAAGUACUCCUUGGGCUCUAUCAAUUGCAAAAAGUGCUUCUGGGAUUUGUCUUUCCUUUAAUAAUCAUCAGUGUGUGCUACCUCCUCCUCUUGAAGUUCAUCCUGAGCCGGCGCGUGGUGGGCAGUGCCAUCGGCGGGGCCAUGGCAGACAGAUCCGAAUGCGAGCGUGGUCGCCAUCGCCGCCGCUCCAAAGUCACCCGCUCCGUCACCAUCGUAGUUUUGUCCUUCUUCGUCUGCUGGCUGCCCAACCAGGCUCUGACGCUUUGGGGCGUGUUGAUCAAGUUGGACAUGGUGCCCUUCAAUAAAGCCUUCUACAACGCGCAGGCCUAUGCCUUCCCACUGAGCGUGUGCCUGGCCCAGGCAAACAGCUGCCUCAACCCGGUCCUCUACUGCCUCAUCCGCCGAGAAUAUCGGGCCGGACUCAAAGAGCUUCUGCCCCGAGUGUCGAUCCCGAUCCGAAACUUUUUCAAUCAUGCCCUGAGGGGGAGGAGAGCAGAUGUAGCACCCACCAGCUUGGUCAUGAUACACAAAGACAAUAUGUGAUUUUGUGGGAAUACAGAAAACCCUA